AUGACGGUUUCAUGUUCAGAUAACCAUCGUUCCUUGUGGAGCAUCAUCUCUACUUGCCUACUCACUAUUUUCGCCUGUGUGUAUACAUCUAUUCACCCCAACGUGCCUAGCCCAUACGAUGGUCCUCUGGCCAUACUACGCCGGACAGCCGGGAUCAUGCUCGCCACUGUUCUGGCACCUGAGCUCAUGGUAAUCUGGGCAGCGAGACAGUUCUUGACUGCGCGCAGAUUUACCCAGAAAAUGAGGGACUAUGAGACCUGGAAUCAUGCACACAGUUUCUAUGUCUAUAUGGGCGGGUUCAUGAGAUACCAGGACGGAAAGCCUUAUGUCAUUGUAGAGCCUGAAGAUAUGUUGGAGGCUGUGAAAGACGGUUCUCUCAAUCCCGCUCAUGUCAAACUAACGGAAUUGGAGAUCACCGACGCGAGCAAGGGAAAAUUCAUUUCAAAAGGGCUCACUGUUCUCCAGGUGACGUGGUUCUGCGUACAACUCAUUGCACGCCGCAGCUAUGAUCUCGCGAUCACGCCACUUGAAAUCGGGACGACUGGUUUUGCGGUUCUUUGCUGCAUUACCUAUGCACUCUGGUGGGAUAAACCUCUGAACGUCAACCACCCUCGGCGCCUCGAAUGGACUGCCGAAGCGGGUGUGCAAGAUAACUCAGCCAUUGAACAUGAGUCAGUAUUGAUGAUUUGA